AUGAGCCAUCGAUCGAGCAAGACCGCCAUCAAUCUAGCAUCACGAGCGCACCGACGUCAGGCUCCCGAGGUCCGCCGUCCACCGCCUUCCAUCGCCGUCAACCGCCUACAACGUUCCAAAGCAUUCUCGAAGACGAUCAGACCGAUGAGGAAGCAAGCAGCGAAACUUGGAAUACAGGCUGAGCGAUACCUUCAAAUAAGGCAAGUUCAGGAGUCGCCGAUAAGGAUCAGGUCGGAGCCAACUUUGGUCGACCACGAUCAUUGA